ACGCUGCCCGGCUGACGCUCGGCUGGAGGCCGCUCUCUGAGGGACCAGGCCGUCCCUGCCCUGGGCAGAGGGCCGAGGUCGCUGCCCAGCAUGGCGCCCACCUGGGGUCCCGGCCCGUCUGUGGUGGCCGCCACAGGGCUCCUGCUGGUGCUGCUGGCCGGAGGCUGCGCGGCCGAAGAGCCACCCAGGUUCAUCAAAGAACCCAAGGACCAAAUUGGCGUGUCGGGGGGUGUGGCCUCCUUCGUGUGUCAGGCCACCGGCGACCCCAGGCCACGGGUGACCUGGAACAAGAAGGGCAAGAAAGUCAACUCUCAGCGCUUUGAGACCAUCGAGUUUGACGAAAGUUCGGGGGCCGUGCUGAGAAUCCAGCCGCUGCGGACGCCCCGAGACGAGAACGUGUAUGAGUGUGUGGCCCAGAACCCGGUGGGGGAGAUCACUGUGCACGCCAAGCUCACCGUCCUCCGAGAGGACCAGCUGCCCCCCGGCUUCCCCAACAUCGACAUGGGCCCGCAGCUGAAGGUCGUGGAGCGGACACGCACGGCCACCAUGCUCUGUGCCGCCAGCGGCAACCCCGACCCCGAGAUCACCUGGUUCAAGGACUUCCUGCCUGUGGACCCCAGCGCCAGCAACGGGCGCAUCAAGCAGCUGCGAUCUGAGACCUUUGAGAGCACUCCGAUCCGAGGGGCCUUGCAGAUCGAGAGCAGCGAGGAGACCGACCAGGGCAAGUACGAGUGCGUGGCCACCAACAGCGCGGGCGUGCGCUACUCCUCGCCCGCCAACCUCUACGUGCGAGAGCUUCGAGAAGUCCGCCGCGUGGCCCCCCGCUUCUCCAUCUUGCCCACCAGCCACGAGAUCAUGCCGGGUGGCAACGUGAACAUCACCUGCGUGGCCGUGGGCUCGCCCAUGCCCUACGUCAAGUGGAUGCAGGGGGCCGAGGACCUGACGCCCGAGGACGACAUGCCUGUGGGCCGGAACGUGCUGGAGCUCACGGACGUCAAGGACUCGGCCAACUACACGUGUGUGGCCAUGUCCAGCCUGGGCGUCAUCGAGGCGGUGGCCCAGAUCACAGUGAAGUCUCUCCCCAAAGCCCCUGGGACUCCAGUGGUGACGGAGAACACGGCCACCAGCAUCACCAUCACCUGGGACUCGGGCAACCCAGACCCUGUGUCCUAUUAUGUCAUCGAGUACAAGUCCAAGAGCCAGGACGGGCCAUAUCAGAUUAAGGAGGACAUCACCACCACGCGCUACAGCAUCGGCGGCCUGAGCCCGAACUCGGAGUAUGAGAUCUGGGUGUCUGCCGUCAACUCCAUCGGCCAGGGCCCACCCAGCGAGUCUGUGGUCACCCGCACGGGCGAGCAGGCCCCGGCCAGUGCGCCGCGCAACGUGCAGGCCCGCAUGCUGAGCGCCACCACCAUGAUCGUGCAGUGGGAGGAGCCGGUGGAGCCCAACGGGCUGAUCCGCGGCUACCGCGUCUACUACACCAUGGAGCCGGAGCACCCGGUGGGCAACUGGCAGAAGCAUAACGUGGACGACAGCCUGCUGACCACCGUGGGCAGCCUGCUGGAGGACGAGACCUACACCGUGCGCGUGCUAGCCUUCACCUCCGUAGGGGAUGGGCCCCUCUCGGACCCCAUCCAGGUCAAGACGCAGCAGGGAGUCCCUGGCCAGCCCAUGAACUUGCGGGCCGAGGCCAAGUCCGAGACCAGCAUCGGGCUCUCCUGGAGCCCCCCGCGGCAGGAGAGCAUCAUCAAGUAUGAGCUGCUCUUCCGGGAGGGCGACCGUGGCCGCGAGGUACCCUUCGGCCUGGCCCCCGUGGCCUACCUGCAGCCCCUGGUCACGUGUAGCCACCCUGCCUUUGUUCUGGAAGCAGCUGCGGCCUUCAGACCUUCAAACCCCCUGCUGCGUGCUCUCGGGGGGCAUCUUGGGUCAGUCGAGGGUGCCAUCAGCUCGGGCUGGGUGCGAGAGAUCAGGGGCCGUGGACACAGCCCACCACCCAGGCCCCUUUCCUCCUUCCUGCUGCCCACUGAGCAGCGCCCAGCCGUCAGGGCGCGUGUGGCAGGUGGAGGACCCACUCCUGACGCCCGUGCCCGCGCCGCCCGCAGCGUGUCUGGCUUCUGCACACGCCUGCCCGGCCCUUUCCAAGACAUCACGCAGCACCCGCUUCUUCUGGGUUCGACUUCUGUUUGGUUCUGUUUUGUUGUUAUCAUCUUCUUUUUUAUUUUCUCUUCCCAUCUUUUGUUUCCCCGCCCCUCCCCACCCAUCCCACCCCCCCCACGCUCUCCCCCAAUAGAACCGUCAGCCCCCCCUCAAGAUGUUAAGUGCACCAGCAUGCGCUCCACGGCCAUUCUGGUAAGUUGGCGCCCGCCGCCGCCGGACACACACAACGGGGCCCUGGUGGGCUACAGCGUCCGCUACCGACCGCUGGGCUCGGAGGACCCGGAACCCAAGGAGGUGAACGGCAUCCCCCCGACCACCACCCAGAUCCUGCUGGAGGCGUUGGAGAAGUGGACCGAGUACCGUAUCACAACUGUCGCUCACACAGAGGUGGGACCAGGGCCCGAGAGCUCGCCCGUGGUCAUCCGCACCGACGAGGACGUGCCCAGCGCGCCGCCGCGGAAGGUGGAGGCGGAGGCGCUCAACGCCACGGCCAUCCGCGUGCUGUGGCGCUCGCCCGCGCCCGGCCGGCAGCAUGGCCAGAUCCGCGGCUACCAGGUCCACUACGUGCGCAUGGAGGGCGCCGAGGCCCGCGGGCCACCGCGCAUCAAAGACGUCAUGCUGGCCGAUGCCCAGUGGGAGAUGGACGACACCGCCGAAUACGAAAUGGUCAUCACAGACCUGCAGCCUGAGACCGCUUACUCCAUCACCGUAGCCGCCUACACCAUGAAGGGCGACGGUGCUCGCAGCAAACCCAGAGUGGUGGUGACCAAGGGAGCAGUGCUGGGCCGCCCCACCCUGUCGGUGCAGCAGACCCCCGAGGGCAGCCUGCUGGCCCGCUGGGAGCCCCCUGCCGCCGCGGAGGACCAGGUGCUGGGCUACCGCCUGCAGUUCGGCCGCCAGGACGCGCCACCCCUGGCCACGCUGGAGUUCGCGCCCUCCGAGGACCGCUACACGGCGGCGGGCGUGCACAAGGGGGCCACGUACGUGUUCAGACUGGCCGCCCGGAGUCGCGGCGGCCUGGGCGAGGAGGCGGCCGAGGUCCUGAGCAUCCCCGAGGACGCGCCCCACGGCCACCCGCAGAUCCUGGAGGCGGCCGGCAAUGCCUCUGCGGGCACCGUCCUGCUGCGCUGGCUGCCGCCUGUGCCCGCCGAGCGCAAUGGCGCUAUCGUCAAGUACACGGUGGCCGUGCGAGAGGCCGGCGCCCUGGGCCCCGCCCGAGAGACGGAGCUGCCGGCGGCGGCCGAGCCGGGGGCCGAGAACAUGCUCACGCUGCGGGGCCUCAAGCCCGACACGGCCUACGACCUCCAAGUGCGAGCGCACACGCGCAGGGGCCCCGGCCCCUACAGCCCCCCAGUCCGCUACCGCACGUUCCUGCGGGACCAAGUCUCCCCCAAGAACUUCAAGGUGAAGAUGGUCACCAAGACCUCGGUGCUGCUGAGCUGGGAGUUCCCCGACAACUACCACUCGCCCACGCCCUGCAAGAUCCAGUACAAUGGGCUCACGCUGGACGUGGACGGCAGGACCACCAAGAAGCUCAUCACGCACCUCAGGCCCCACACCUUCUACAACUUUGUGCUGACCAACCGUGGCAGCAGCCUCGGUGGCCUCCAGCAGACGGUCACCGCCUGGACAGCCUUCAACCUUCUCAGCAGCAAGCCCAGCGUCGCCCCCAAGCCCGACCCCGAGGGCUUCAUCAUGGUGUACCUGCCCGACGGCCAGAGCCCCGUGCCUGUGCAGAGCUACUUCAUCGUGAUGGUGCCCCUGCGUAAGUCCCGCGGAGGCCAGUUCCUGACCCCACUGGGCAGCCCGGAGGACAUGGACCUGGAGGAGCUGGUCCAGGACGUGGCCCGGCUGCAGCGGCGCAGCCUGCGGCACUCCCGCCAGCUAGAGGCGCCUCGGCCCUACGUCGCUGCCCGCUUCUCCGUCCUGCCGCCCGUCUUCCGCCCUGGCGACCAGAAGCAGUACGGCGGCUUUGACAACCGGGGCCUGGAGCCCGGCCACCGCUACGUCCUGUUUGUGCUGGCCGCCCUGCAGAAGAGCGAGCCCACGUUCGCAGCCAGCCCCUUCUCAGACCCCUUCCAGCUGGACAACCCGGACCCCCAGCCCAUUGUGGACGGCGAGGAGGGGCUCAUCUGGGUGAUCGGGCCUGUGCUGGCCGUGGUGUUCAUCAUCUGCAUCGUCAUUGCCAUUCUGCUGUACAAGAAUAAGCCUGACGGUAAGCGCAAGGACUCGGAGCCGCGCACCAAAUGCCUGCUGAACAACGCGGACCUCGCCCCCCACCACCCCAAGGACCCCGUGGAAAUGCGGCGCAUCAACUUCCAGACCCCCGAUUCAGGCCUCAGCAGCCCCCUCAGGGAGCCGGGGUCUCCCGCGGAAAGCAUGCUCAGCCACCCGCCCGUCCCCAUCGGGGACAUGGCGGAGCACACCGAGCGCCUCAAAGCCAACGACAGCCUGAAGCUCUCCCAGGAGUACGAGUCCAUUGACCCCGGACAGCAGUUCACGUGGGAACACUCCAACCUGGAGGUGAACAAACCCAAGAACCGCUACGCCAACGUCAUCGCCUACGACCACUCCCGGGUCAUCCUCCAGCCCAUCGAAGGCAUCGUGGGCAGCGAUUACAUCAACGCCAACUACGUGGACGGCUACCGGCGGCAGAACGCCUACAUCGCCACGCAGGGGCCCCUGCCAGAGACCUUCGGGGACUUUUGGCGCAUGGUGUGGGAGCAGCGGUCAGCCACCAUCGUCAUGAUGACACGGCUGGAGGAAAAGUCGCGGAUCAAGUGUGACCAGUACUGGCCCAACCGAGGCACCGAGACCUACGGCUUCAUCCAGGUGACGCUGCUGGACACCAUCGAGCUGGCCACGUUCUGCGUGCGGACUUUCUCCUUGCACAAGGUAGGGCCCAGGCUGGCGGGGGAAGACCCAGGCCCUGGCUCCUGCUCAGAGCGCCCCUCCAGGACGCAGCUGCCCGGGCAUGGCCCUGGGCUGACCACACUCCCACGAGGCGGCCGAGAGGGCCUGCCCCAGCCGGACACAGCCGGACACAGCGCCGGCGUGGGCCGCACGGGCUGCUUCAUCGUCAUCGACGCCAUGCUGGAGCGCAUCAAGCCCGAGAAGACGGUGGACGUGUACGGGCACGUGACGCUCAUGCGCUCCCAGCGCAACUACAUGGUGCAGACCGAGGACCAGUACAGCUUCAUCCACGAGGCGCUGCUGGAGGCCGUGGGCUGCGGCAACACGGAGGUGCCCGCGCGGAGCCUCUACUCCUACAUCCAGAAGCUGGCGCAGGUGGAGCCUGGCGAGCACGUCACCGGCAUGGAGCUGGAGUUCAAGCGGCUGGCCAACUCCAAGGCCCACACGUCCCGCUUCAUCAGUGCCAACCUGCCCUGUAACAAGUUCAAGAACCGCCUGGUGAACAUCAUGCCCUACGAGAGCACGCGCGUCUGCCUGCAGCCCAUCCGGGGCGUGGAGGGGUCCGACUACAUCAACGCCAGCUUCAUCGACGGCUACAGGCAGCAGAAGGCCUACAUCGCGACACAGGGGCCACUGGCAGAGACCACGGAGGACUUCUGGCGCAUGCUCUGGGAGAACAACUCCACCAUCGUGGUGAUGCUCACCAAGCUGCGCGAGAUGGGCCGGGAGAAGUGUCACCAGUACUGGCCAGCUGAGCGCUCUGCCCGCUACCAGUACUUUGUGGUGGACCCCAUGGCGGAGUACAACAUGCCUCAGUACAUCCUUCGAGAAUUCAAGGUCACGGACGCCAGGGACGGCCAGUCCCGGACGGUGCGGCAGUUCCAGUUCACGGACUGGCCAGAACAGGGUGUGCCAAAAUCGGGGGAGGGUUUCAUCGACUUCAUCGGCCAAGUGCAUAAGACCAAGGAGCAGUUCGGCCAGGACGGCCCCAUUUCCGUCCACUGCAGUGCCGGCGUGGGCAGGACCGGCGUGUUCAUCACGCUCAGCAUUGUGCUGGAGCGAAUGCGGUACGAAGGCGUGGUGGACAUCUUCCAGACGGUGAAGAUGCUGCGGACGCAGCGGCCGGCCAUGGUGCAGACGGAGGACGAGUACCAGUUCUGCUACCAGGCGGCGCUGGAGUACCUGGGGAGCUUCGACCACUAUGCAACCUAAAGCCAUGGGCCCCGACGCCACGGCCGACCUCUGCCUGCGCUCGGACCCGCCCGGGCGGCCCGGGAGGGCAGAACGCGGUGGCGGUGCUUCUGCGCGGCCCUCGAGCCCCUAGCCAGGCCGCCCGCGACCUCCCGCCCGGCGCCACCUCGAUAGGAUACUCGCACAUUCCUCGUUUCCUUCCGAUUCCAAAUUGAGACUCCAGGGUGGGUGGGGGGCGGUGACACUCGGGGUGGCCCUGAACCAGCGGGGCGCCGGCCGGGCGAGGCCAGCUGUCCCUCAGACUGUGGCUGUGUCCGUGACGCUUUCUUUCUCUUCUUUUUAGUGUAUUUUUUUCUUUUUCCUUUUUUUCUUUUUUUAAUAAGAAACGAAAGACUUGCCGGUCAGCGACUUUAAAACGAGCCGCUCAGCUUGUUCCUCUGUCCCCACCUGGUUCUCCACGGAGCCAGCGUCCAGAGUGUCCCGCCGACCGGCAGCCCUGUGCCUCGCUCCCGGGGGCCGCCCUCGCCCCCUCGUUUCUCUCCUUCCUGUUUUGCUUUUUUGUCUCGACUUUGUUUUUUUAAAUUUUCAGACAUAUCAAGUGGCCCUGGGGUGGGCAGCGGGGGCUCGGCCCCAGUGGCGGGUCAGACCCGCGGAGUUGGGGAGCCACAGCCCGAGCGCUUUCCAGCCUCGCAGGUGCCACGUGUGCCCCGCCAUCAGGGACCCUUUGCCUGGGACUAUGGGGCAGGUUGGGGACAAACUGAAGGACCGGACACCCCACCCCGAGCAAGUGAGUUUUUUCUCUUUGUACGAGAGCGGCUGCCGUUGCUUUCAACACUGUUUGUCAAACGGAAGCAGCUGGUGGCCUUCCCACCUGUGUAUGUAGAUAAACCGACUUUGUAUUAAAGGAAGAUCGUCCGACCCGGCCCUGA